AUGGGUUCCAAGGUACAUGUGUGCGCAGCAUAUUUGGUGUUACUGUUCGCCUUUACCAGCGGAGCUCAGCCCAAUACCUUUGAUGUCACAAAAUAUGGUGCGAAGGAGGGGUCAGAUAUCACUAAGGCUUUACUGAGUGCGUGGAAGGGGGCUUGUGGAGCAGCGGGUUCCGGCAAAGUCGUGAUACCAAAUGGGAAGUACUCAUUAGGCGUGGUGGAUUUGCUAGGCCCUUGCAAGGGUGCCAUGCAUCUUCAAGUGGAAGGAACGUUGGUGGCGCCAGCAAAAGCUAGCCAGCACCGCAAGAAUAGCUGGAACCUAAGGUUUGACUUCGUCACCAACAGCAUAGUCGAGGACGUGACAUCCAUAGAUAGCAAGCAGUUCCACGUCAAUCUCCUCGGCAGCAAAAACCUUACCUUCCAGCGAUUUUCGGUGAAAGCGCCGGGGCAUAGUCCCAACACGGAUGGAAUUCACAUUGGACGGUCGGAGGAGAUCAACAUUAUUGAUUCAAACAUUAUGACCGGUGAUGAUUGCAUCUCCAUUGGCCGGGGGAGCAGGCAAGUACGAAUCACAAACGUAAGGUGCGGACACGGGCAUGGCAUUAGUAUUGGAAGUUUAGGAAAGUACGAGAAGGAAGAGCCUGUGUCUGGAAUUUAUGUGAAGAAUUGCACAAUAUACGACACCGACAAUGGCGUGAGAAUUAAGACUUGGCCCGCAUUGCAUGGUGGCAGUGUGUCGAAUAUCCAGUUCGAGGAUAUCGUCAUGCAAAACGUCAGCAAUCCCAUCAUUAUAGAUCAAAUGUACUGCCCGCAUAACGAAUGCAAUCGCAAGAUGCCAUCAAAAGUUAAAAUAAGCGACGUCAUCUUCAAGAAUAUUCGAGGAUCGUCAAGAACGCCCACAGCCGUUCAAUUGACAUGCAGCAGCAGCGUACCAUGCAAGAACGUUGAACUUUCUAACGUUAACCUCCAGUACACCGGAUCUAAGGGUCCUGCAAAAUCUAUUUGUACAAAUGUUAAGCCUAAGAUUAUAGGAAAGUUGAUUCCGAGAGGAUGUUAA